CACACCCUUAGCUCUGUUGGUAUUGCAUAAGUUGGUUGGGUGCUAAAAUUGGGUGGGGACGGAAUUCUGACGACCCCUGGGUGCCUGUUACUUUUGGACCCGAGGCGUCGGUGUGAAUGUCCCUCUACGUUUUCACGUCGCUCUCUUGAGCUUGAUACAGUGCCGGAGUAGCCGAUUUGGAUUUGGCAGACAAUGUUGGAACUUUUGGUCGCACCAGUGGACCAGUUCUCAUGCGCAGUGGGCUCUUUUUGAGCCACCAAGAUAGUACAUAAGGCUUGUCGCCUUCUUGUUCAAUCGUGAUAGACAAGGUCGUUCUGAGAACCAUUCUUGAGACAGACCCGCGUUCCUUCACGCCGUCUUAAAUUGUCCCAGCAAAAGAUGCUCAAAACCUCCGAGGGAUAUGAAUAUACCCCAAGCACGGGAUUGAGACAAGGGUUGCCUACCGCCGCGGUAGUAUCGCCCCCUCAGCUGCGCGUGUCGACGGCGCAAACAUAUGAUGUGAUCGUGAUAGGCGCAGGGUUUGCUGGCAUUAUCAGUGCUCGAGAUCUUCUCGCGAAAGGCUAUAAAGUACUCCUAAUCGAGGCUCGUGACCGCAUCGGCGGCCGUACUUGGACCACGCAGACCGAGAACGGGGACUAUCUCGAUAUCGGUGGUACCUACAUUCAUUGGGCUCAACCUCACUUUUGGGUAGAGCUAGUCCGCUAUGGCUUGAAAAAUGAGGUCAAGAACUGCCGGGAAUAUUUCCAAGGCUCGGCUCUACCUGUGACUUUCUUGAAUGGUGAAAAAAAGACAUGGGAACCCCAUGAACUGCAUAACCUUCUGGAGAAAUGCUUGCAACUUUACUACAACCCGGACGGCGAGAGAGCCUCUGAUGUAGUUCCGCUGCCGCAUAGUCCACUUUCAAACAUCGCUCGGGCAGUCCACUUCGACAAAAUGUCGGCUGCCGACCGAUUUUCACAAUUAAAAGGUGAAUUGAACGAAGUUGAGAUCGCCAUGAUAGAAGCAUUCACGAUGGCAAUGUGUGGUCCGCCGCUUGAAGAAGCGAGCUACUUUGACCUUCUUCAGCGCUGGGUACUCGGAGGGGGGACUUCCGAGGAUUACAACGCCCGCAUGGUCGGCUACAAGUUGAAAAGAGGUCAGACGUCCCUUCUCCGGGCCAUCUUCGAUGAAAUCAGCUCCAACCCGAACUUAUCUUGGACAUUUUCCACCCCGGUUCAAUCGAUUGAUACGUCUGGUCUCAAGGUCGCAUCUGUCGUGGCAGCGAAUGGCAAUGUCUUCCAUGCUCGCAAGGUCAUUUGUACCAUCCCCCUGAUGGUCCUCAGAACAAUUAAAUUCGUUCCGGAACUGCCGAUCCCGAAGGCGGAAGCGAUUGCCAGCUCAAGGUCCAAUCUCACGCAGAAAGUCCACGCAGUGGUUGACGGGAAGGAAUGGCGCUCGUGGACCGGCGUGAAAUUCGUGAACAACGGAGUGACAAUGAUGAGCGGCGAUCCUUACUCCAACUCGACAACCACCACGAAUCUUGUUGUUUUCACUGCCGGAGACGGUCGUGUACCACGCGAGAAUCCCCAAGAGCAGCUGGAGGUGUUCCAGUCUAUGGAUCCCUCCCUAAACGUGAGCCGACUGGUGUUUGGCGACUUUAACAAUGACCCGUAUGCACGGGGCAGUUGGUGUCUAUUCCAGCCAAAAUAUAUGACUCGAUAUUUAUCCCUGUUGCAAUGCGGUGUGGGAAACUUGAAAUUUGCCAGUGGCGACAUUUCUGACGGCUGGAGAGGCUUUAUCGACGGCGCAAUAGAAUCUGCCACGCUAGUCGCAAAAGAAGUGGAUGGAGAGCUCAAGCAUGAACGCACUGGCAAGCUUUAGGGAGCUUUUAGGGGGAUGUAUUGAACCAAUGGCAUAUUUACGGUCGACUCAGUAGCGUCCAGCCAGUGAAACAGUUGCGCAUCAUGUACAUUAUCGAAUCUGAUAAUGUAAUGAGAACUAGUUUUUCACAAUAAAGUAGCUAGGCUGGCGUUACCCAAAGGACGCUAUGGUGGUACAACUCUUUACCACCUUGUUGCGCUCACAUUCAAGGCAGACUCAGUUUUGGGAAAAGCUUCCGUAAGUAUUCUUCGAUUUACCAGGAAAAGCUCCGGCGACUGCUGCGUCUAUCAGAUACAUUGAAGAUUCUUUCGGGCCCGCGAUGUGGUGAUUUGUCCUUGCUCAUGUGUACAAGUCGAGCACCAAGAUUGCCUGGCUGUGUCAGGUUCAUGUCCUUCCCGUGAAAUUGCAUUGAGUUACAAUCAUGCCGCGAGUUAAUCAUCGUCUUGAUCCGCGCAAUGGCUGUUUUCCGGCGUCACACAAUUUCCCAACCUUUCUAGUGCUUCCACCCUCUCUGACUUCGAAACUGGU